CACUUUUUCGGGUCACUGACCGACCCCUUCGUUAACACCUGACCUUUCCUGUACUGGAUGUCGUUUUUCGAGUCGUACAGCAGCUGCAGGUCCAGCUGGAGGUUCCUUUUAACUCCUUGUUGUGCUCUCAGCUUCUGCCGUGUGAGCUGCGGUCAGCUCACCUGCAGAGUCUGGAUCUCUGAACCCACAGAGUCCAGUCGGGCCCACUGAUCUGACUUCGGCCUCACGGAUCAAUCGUGCGGCGCAGCAGUGGAAGCUCUCCUUUGGAUUAUUAUCUGCCAUAACAGCUGGAUUAUUGGUGCACAUCUGGGCAAGGGUGCUGUGGAUCAGAUUGUUCUGAUUCGGACCUGGAGGAGGGCUUGAAAACGUGCCAGUGGUCCAGAGUCGGUUCUGGUUACCUUGUUUGAUUGACAGGCUGUGUCGGGGAGGCCCCUCCCCCCUCUGAGGAGUCCUGGUUACCAUGCUGCAUGCUCAACAGAGGGAUCAGUUUGAGAACUUGGAGAAGCAUACCCAGUGGGGCAUCGACUUUGUGGAGCGCUACACCAAAUUUGUCAAAGAGCGGUCAGAGAUCGAACUCAACUAUGCAAAGCAAAUCAGGAACCUGUCUAAGAAAUACCAGCCGAAGAAGAACGCCAAGGAGGAGGAAGAGAACAAGUACACGUGGUGUCGUGCGUUCUUUACGUCCCUGAAUGAGCUGAACGAUUACGCCGGCCAGCAUGAGCUCAUCGCAGAGAACAUGACGUCACAGAUCAUCGCUGAGCUCACGCGAUACAUACAGGACCUCAAGUCAGAGAGGAAGUCCCAUUUCCAAGAUGGACGCAAAGCUCAGCAGCACAUUGAGAACAGCUGGAAGCAGCUGGAACAGUGUAAGCGGAAUUUCGAGAGGGCGUGUAAGGAGGCAGACAGAGCGCAGCAGCAUUUUGAGAAAAUGGAUGCUGAUAUCAAUGUGACGAAGGCCGACGUGGAGAAGCGAUGUUACCUUAAGGCGAGGCAGCAGGCUCAGUUGAGACACCAGAUGGCGGCGGACUGUAAGAGCGAGUAUUCUAACUACCUGCAGAAAUUUAACCAGGAACAGACCGAACAUUACCACACACUCAUCCCCAACAUCUUCCAGAAGAUCCAGGAAAUGGAGGAGAGGAGGAUCGAGAGACUGGGAGAGUCCAUGAAGACCUUUGCUGAGGUGGACAGACAGAUUCUGCCCAUUGUAGGGAAGUGCCUGGACGGCAUGACCAAAGCGGCCGAGAGCAUCGAACCUAAGACUGACUCGGCGCAGGUGGUGGAAUCAUAUAAAUCGGGUUUCGAGCCCCCGGGCGACGUCGAGUUUGAAGACUACGGUCAGGCAAUGAAGAGGACGGCGUCGGAAACCAGUCUGACGAACUCUCGCCCUGACGUCAAGGCAGACAAAUCCAGCAAGGGCAAGAGCAAACUCUUCUUCUUCAAGAAGAACAAGCUUAUGUCCCUGUUAACGUCCCCUGCACCUCGUCAGCCCCCCCCAGAACCCCCCUCACCUUCUGCUGUGACCCCUGACCCCUGCCCCACCCCCCAGACCCCCAAACAGCCCAAGGAGGCCCUAUCGCACCGCUUCAACGACCUCAUGACCUCCAAGCCCAAAAUGCACUGCCUCAGGAGCCUGCGGCGCGGGUCUCCGCAGUCCCUUCACUAUCAUAAAGAGCUGAUGAAGAGGACUCUCGGCCGGCCUACUUAUGCUUUCGAGGCCAGGCAAUACGUCCUCUCUCUCAAGCUGAUCUCGCUCAAUGCCCACGUGCGGAACCUUAUCGAGGGUGCGAAUCCGGAGGACUUCAGUCACCUGCCUCCAGAGCAGCGGAGGAAGAAACUGCAGGCGAAGAUCGACGACAUCAAUAAAGACAUACAGAAAGAGAUGGACCAGAGGGACGCGUUGACUAAAAUGAAGGAUGUGUAUGUGAAGAACCCCCAGAUGGGAGACCCCAGCAGUGUGGACCCCCGCCUUGCAGAGAUCGGCCAACACAUUGACAAACUACAGGCCGAGCUGCAGAAAUUUGAGGGCUGGUUAGCGGAGGUGGAGGGCAGAAUGCCGACGAGAAGUGAAUCCUCUCACAGACAGAGCGUCGUUUAUGAGACGCAGAACAGCACGCCACCCACCAACAACAGCUGCGCUCAGGACCGGGAAAGCAGUCCGGAUGGCAGCUAUACUGAGGAGCAAAGCUCUGAGCUCCAGCCGAAAGUUCAGACCGACCCGGAAUUUGACGAGUUUGAAGAAGAAAUGCUGCCCACCAUCGGAACCUGCAAAGCUCUCUACCCAUUUGAAGGUCAGAAUGAAGGCACUCUGGCGCUGGUGGAGGGGGAGGUGCUGUUUGUGAUUGAGGAGGAUAAAGGAGACGGCUGGACGCGUGUUCGACGGAACGAGGAAGAAGAGGGUUACGUCCCCACGUCCUAUGUAGAAGUCUUCCUCGACUCCAACGCCAAAGGCCUCUAUCUGUGGGAUUAGAGGUUGUGUUCAACCUGUUCCAGAGGAUUCCUAAAAGUGUGAGAGGACGACACAGGACAAGUGACCAGAUGUGGGAAAAACACCACUCCUUAACUGAGAGAGAGAGAGAGAGAGAGAGAGAAGUGAUGACGUUGAUGAUGAUGAUGAUGAUGGACAAAACAGAAAGAAGAGGCGUAGCCGUCUGAAUCUGUGUCUGCUGUAGAGAGUUUCUGAACCAUGGAGCCAAUCAGAGAAGAGCGAAAUAAUCUAAUACAAAUCUAUCACCCAUUUCUGUUCUUUACAAUAAGGUCAAUUUUUGUUUUCUACAUGUACUAAUUUCGCUUCUUUGCUAUGCACUGACGCCGAGCUGACUAGCAGCGAUAACUGAGCUUCCGCCUGUAUAUGUGUGCGUGUCCACGGCCUGUUGGCUUCACGUCCAGCACCCUGCCCUGUCCCUGAAACAGGAUUGCCACAGAUGGUCACGCUGAGAAGCCUGCUCUGCCUCCAAAGCCACAUUCGUCUGUCUGGGAUAAUGGUCCCGAACAUCUUUACAUAAUCUAGGUAAUUUACUGAGUUAAAAAACAGCCAUAAUUAACUUCAGUCAUCCAUCCAUCCAUCCAUUUUCUAAGCCGCUUCUCCCUCAGGGUCGCAGGGAACUUCAGUCAUAACUGACUUCAUUUAUUGUCAGCAGUGGUUGGAAAAACAUAUUCUGCUCAAGAUGGAAAAGCAAAUUAUUCACCUUUACUACUCACUCGUUUACUAGUUAGUUCAAAAUUGUUAACCUAAUCUGGGCCAUGUUUUGCAUUAUUCAGAGCUAAACAAUAAAGACUGGACAUCUGAGAGAGCAAGGCCAACAAUGUUCUUUGGGCUCACUUACGGAUGGCUGUGGCAUCACCUGACGAAAGGCGACUGUUGCCCCACUUGCACCACUUGGGAGCCCCUGUAUUUGACUUUCAGUAGUACCAAACGUGGUCCUUUCUGACUUCCCUCUUUUCAUUUUCAGUGGAGUUGAUCACCGAAACGCUACCAGUUUCUGUUUAGAGCAGGUGCAUCUCUCAAGUAUAGUGUAGUGGGGCACAUGUUGUUCUGAAUCAGGGCAGGGGACCCAUCCUUUCUUUUUAUUUUGUUGAUAAACAAGCUCAGCGUCCAUUAACCUGCAAGCCUACAUGGGCAUAUGAGACUAGUGUACCAGGGCUGCAUGAUAUCGUUUGCCAGACAGUUUUACCACAGAUUAAGUGAACAAGCCCACUAAGUGUUUGAUUGUGCACUGUAAACGUCCUGGCCAGAUCACCGUUGGACGAAACCAAGGCAUUCAUCCAUCCAAUACAAAUCAUUUUAGUAAAAAUAAUGCAAGUCAUCACAUCAGGGCAAGGCGUACUGAAAUCUCGACAUGAAGAGGUAAUCGUGCAGCCCUGCAGUAAACCUCCUGCGCUUCUGCUUUCAGCACUUCAUACCUUCAGGCUGCUUCCGUGGCAUAUAUGCAAACACUGUUGAGUUACUUUUUAUUUUCUUUUUUUUCCAAGUCCUUCAGGUGUGGGAGAGUGCAUUCUGGUUAAGAAUGUGAUUGAAGUCCUAUCGUUAUUUGUAUGUGUUGCUAAUGAUAGCCAUUUGGUGGCCACUUGGUCUUAUCCUGUGGAUUUAUUGAGCCCAUUUUGAGCCGCCCAGAACACUGCAGGUGUAGUCUAUCCGCUCAUUUGAUCCCACGACGCGUCCAGAUCGCAGAGCUGACUUAGGACCGGUUUCCUCCCUUUCAGCUUUCCUGAAAGAGCAAAUGGAAACAGUUCUUACAUCGGAGUUUACACUGAAGGCUCUAUCAGAUAAUAUGAAGCUUGUGGUUCAUUAUUCCAGAGAUCUGUGUGAACAUUUUAACGCUUUCAAUUGGAGCCUGCCGGGCCUGACUGGGUGGUAAUCUUAUCUUAGGAAAAAGAAGAAAAACAACACACAGUGUGGGUCCAUGGCUUUAUUCUGUAGUAUGUGUGACUGUAGACAAAUUCCGAUUUGCUUCCUGGGCUUCUCUGCAUUUCACAGGAAGCGUUUGUUGUUUUUCUUUGUUCUUUGUUAAGUCUUCGACGUUUGUCGCGAAUCUCACACGGACUACUCAUCCUGCUCUCUACGGCACAUAACUGAUUUUAGUGUUUUGGUUUUAACUUUCUUACUUUAUAUUUUACACUCAUCAUUGGUCAGAGAGAUUUUAGAUAUUUUUUAUUUUAUAGCAGUUUUUAUUUUCUUAUGCUGAAUGAUUCAAUUGUACCUGAUUUUUUUCCAGAUCAUUAUUCAGGUUGGGCGGAAUGAGGGUAAAGAUCUGCACCGCUUUAUUAAAAUAUGACUAAUUGAAAACGACGACGACAAAUUUCUGUUCCCCGUUCGAACAGCUAAAAAUACAUUUAUGUUUCAGAGCAGUCACUGACUACGGGAGUUAAUAGAAAGAGGAGAAAAUCUGAAGCAGGAAAAUCCUCCGAGAAAACUUGAUAGCAGCUCAGCGACAGCUAAUAGCUCCACUCGCCUCAGAACACGUUCAGAUUUCACUCUAACUCGACUCCAACGACGCCGAUAUCCUCUAAACAGCCCUCGUUUUAGCUUCGGUGAGCUGUAACUGAGCCUGUGGUGUGCUGUGUGGCACAUUUAGCCUGCUAACUAAGCUGUGGUUAGCUUAGCCAAAAAACGCUACAGUCCAAAACACCAACAAACAGGUUCUGUUUCAGCUUUCUGUCAGACAGUUUGACUUUUAUUCUCUCAGAAAUGAGUGUUUUUAUCCUCUGCACGUUUCAGUAGAGCAGCAGUGGGUCAGAAUGAACCUGUUCUGAGGGGUGUGACACUGUUUGGCUCUGAAGCUGCUUGCUAAACUAACGUUAACAUAUUUCAGAUCCAAAUACCACAGAACAGGUUGAAUUUCUCCCUUUCUGUCUCUUCAGCGCCGGUUGCUCGACGUCACCUCCUCAGAUUUGAAUCAUUGUCAACUUGUUUUGGUGCUUUUUUAGUCAGAAUCUGUGGAGAGCAGAGCUGUUAUCAUGCUAGCUAAGCUAAUGCUAACUUUUCUCUCCUACUUAGCGGCCCUGUUUAACCCUCAGCAGACAUUUUGACUUUUGACUUGAACGUCAUGCGCCGUGUUCACUCAUUUGGUUACGACGUUUUACCAGAUUUUUCCCCGGUAAUACUGUAUACCGCCGAAAUACUUGGAGACAGUCUGAAGGGAUUAAAACAGACGAUACUGCCCAACCUGCCUCAUUAUAAAGCCAUCUUCUGGAAGCCAAAACAUAAAACAGAUCAACAUAAUAAAUAUUGACCGAAUCCCAAAUGCAGUCUUAUUCUCACGUCAUCAACCCGUUCUGUCAAGCGCUGAUCCAUUCCGCUGUCAUGACUGACCGCUUAUAGUUUUAUUGCUGAGCUGUAAAUAUAAAAAACCUGUAAUAAAGUUAGAAAAUACCUGAACACAGGGGCUAAGAUGCCCCACAAAGCGGAACCUUUCAAUCUCCCUUCAGCCCUUUUCAGGCAAACCACAAAAUGUGUGUAUUUGACUUGUUUGGGCUUUGCUACUAGCCACACAUGAUGUGCUUGGCUCUGCAGUGAAGGGCAUCACACACAUGCAGAGGCCUCCAGGUCAACAACGCCGCUCCCAAACAGAGAUAUAUAAAUAUAUAUAAAUAUAAAUCUAUAAAUAAGAGUAAACUACAAAACAACGAAGAAAAAAAAUCUAUUUUUAAGGUUUUGACUAAUAAAACGUGUUCCGAGAAUUUCUUUUCUCUGCUCUGCUAAGCAAAUAAACCUUUUUUUGUCAUGUCUCUAUUUUUGGUGUUCUGCCAAAUGGUGUUUUUGCACUUUUAAUUUUGGUCUGUGUUCUGUUCGUUAAGCUUGUGUUUCGGAGCACUGAAUACUUCAUACUGUGUUAACUGUGCCAAUUAAACAUACACAGGAAAAAUCA